ACGACGUCUGUCAAAACGAAUCUCUUUUUCUCUCUUUCCGGCAUCUUUAACAAUUGUGUGAACACACUUUUGUAAAGUUGUGAAGUAGUUUUUACUUGAAAACUAACCGUUUCGUUCGCCAAGAUGCCACCAAAGUUCGACCCCAAUGAGAUCAAGCUCGUCUACCUGAGAUGUGUCGGUGGAGAAGUCGGUGCCACUUCAUCUUUGGCCCCCAAGAUCGGUCCACUUGGUCUGUCCCCCAAGAAGAUCGGUGACGACAUCGCCAAGGCCACCGGAGACUGGAAGGGUCUGAAGAUCACUGUCUGCCUGACCAUCCAGAACCGACAGGCUGCCAUCUCGGUUGUCCCAUCGGCUGCCUCCCUGAUCGUGAAGGCCCUGAAGGAACCGCCACGCGAUCGCAAGAAGGUCAAGAACAUCAAGCACAAUGGCAACAUCACCUUCGAUGAAGUGAUCAGCAUUGCCCGGGUGAUGCGACCCCGCUCGAUGGCCCGCGAACUGUCCGGUACCUGCAAGGAAGUGCUGGGUACGGCCCACAGCGUUGGCUGCACGAUCGAUGGCCGUGCGCCACAUGAUGUCAUUGACGACAUCAACAGUGGCGCGAUCGAAUGUCCUGCUGAGUGAAUGUAAAAAUUUAUACUGAAUUAUAAGUGCGAAGCUACUGAGAGGAGGUUCAAUAAAAACUAUUAUUAAAUGAAAAAA